AUCGCCAAUUUGCCAGGUGCUAAUCGGCACGGGUCGGCGCCCUGGUAAAAGCGCGAUUCCCCGCGUUUCGAUCGCCAUCUCGCGUUGACACGCAGCACAUCGUUUAGGGCUCUCGUGUCGCUCUUCUUUCCGGAUUUCGACUUCGCACCGAUCCAGCUGCUCCCACUCGCUCGUCGCGUCCUCAAAGUCUCGUCCCGGUCUCGCCGCUGCGACGGUCGUUCCUCGUCAAAAUAUUCCGUUAACGGGGUAACACCGCUGGUAGUAUCCGAAAACGUCAACGUCAGCGAUAGCGCGCUAUGGUGUCCUACCGGUCGGUACUUCAGACGGUGGAGGGCGCGCUAGGGCCGGACGGCCGGCGGGGCAAGCAGCUGACGGCGGCGCAGCGAGGCGACCUCUUCUACGCGCUCUCGCUCGUCGAAGAUGACCUCAGGGACCUGCUGGCCAGGAAGCCCUGCAGCGAGCAGGACCGCGGUCAGGUGCGCAGCAAGGAGGUGCAGCUGCCGGACGGCCCUCCAGCUGUGCUGGACUCCAAGGACGUGCAGCUGGCGCUGCAGCUGAGUGACGCCUUUGUUAUCAACGAGGUGGAUUCCGUGGCGCUGCUGGUGGCGGCUCACCAUGAGUGGGGCAUCGCUGGGCGGGCGGAUUCUGACGUGGUGCGGCUGGCAGCAGGGCUGUGGUUCACAGAGCGCCGUGCGCUGCUCUCCACGCUCUUCCUGCUGCUCAAGGUAGCAGUGUUGGGCGACAGUGCCGCCGACCCCCUCCUAUUGGACCACGUGCGCCGUUACCUGCGCUCGCUUGUCCAAUCGGGCCUCACCGCCCGCCUCUUCCGCCUGCUUCGGGAGCUCAACCGACCCGACGCCUCUGGCUCGGGCUCCCAAAGCCUGGCUCUCGUGGUGGCUGGGGCCGGUCCCCCUGCUGGGGCGUCGCCUGUGGCUGGUGGGGGGGAGGGAGGAGGGGGAGGAGGGGGAGGGGGUAUAGGGGAGUAUGUGAUGGACGGGAGGGGGCUGCUGGCCAGGCGGUGGGAUGUGGUGCAGCGCGAGCGGCUUCUGGUGGCCCAGUGCGUUGCGCUGUCGUGCCUGCUCACUAGGCUCGAUCCCAAGGAGACCAAGGAGCUCUUCGAGUUGCUUCAAGAUGCCGCUCGAGAUUGGUCCGCCGCCACUUCUGCUGCCGCCUCUGCCUCCGCCUCUUCCUCCUCCACCCCCCUCGCCCUUCCCCCCAUCCCCUCUCCUCUCUCUCUCCCCGCGCCUCCCUCUUCCUCUCACACCACCGCAUUCACAGCAGCCCACGUGGCCCUGACUCUGCAGAUCACCUACACGCUCAUGUUCGCCCUGCUGCUUGCCCUCCUCUCCGACUCCCUUGCCUCCCCCUCUUCCUCCGGUGGCAUUGCUGGUGCUGCUGGUGCUGCCCCUGCGUCUCCCUCCAUGUCUGCGUCUACGCCUCCUGUGCUGGCGCCCAAUGAGGCUUUCCGAAAGGAGUUCAGCCGACUGGUCCUCAAGACCACCCCAUCCCCCACUCCUCCCUCGUCCUCCAAUGCCCUCGUCCCAUUCCAAUCCGGCCCUCUCUCCCUCCCCCCACAGCCCUCCUCCUCUCCUGUUUCCUCCUCCUCCCCACCCAACUCCUCCCCCCUCACCCCUCCUGCCCCUGAUGACGUCAUCUCUGUCAUUCGUCUCGCCUGGGCUGUGUUCCUAGCCAACACUAGCACCCUCCCAGCCUUCUCCGCCCCAAGCCUCUCCCCUUCCCGAACCUCCGCACGAGGCUCGGUUGCAGUUGCGGCUCUGACAGCAGGAGGCUCGGGAGAGGAGGUGGUUGGGGAUGAGUUGGCCGUGGCCCGGGAGUGUUUAAAAGACGAAACUUUGCUAAGUGCCUCGUCGCUGCUGCUGCAGCGCGUGCUAUCAUCCGCCGUCUUUGAGAACGAUGACGAGGAUUUAACCUUCACUUUCAUGGUCUACACGCACAAGCUCCUCUCCUCCUUCUUCCUCCAGCCAAUAACGCGUGAGCGAAUCAGGGAGCUCCGCCACGCGUCCCUCUCCCUCCCCUUCCCCCCCCUCACCUCCUCCUCCUCCCGUCCAGCUCACGCUGACGUGGACAAGGCCGCACGCUUAGCCGGCGCAUACCCGCACAGCAUGGGCCGUGGCGUGGCUCGGAGCCUGGAGGAGGAAGACGAACGAGAGCAGAGGCAGCAGCAGAGGGAGGAGGCGGAGGCACAGGAACAGGUGGCGGUGAGGGGGAGGGCGUAUCUGGGGUUGCUGCAGCUGGUGGGGGCGGUGUAUGCGCGGCAGCCCGAGCUGAUGGGGGGCAAUGGCGUGCUGUGGCAGUUCGUGAUGUAUGUGGGCGAGGAGCACAGGGGGGCAGCCUCACUAGUGGCCUUCCUAAACCUGCUCUCCCAACUGGCAACAGGAGAGGAAGGUUCUCGGCAGGUUCAUGAGCUCCUAAAUGGGCGGCAUCUGCGAUCAGUUAGCUGGCAUGCGCUGAUGCAAUCAUUGCAGGUGUAUGACGAUCGCCUGCGCCAGGCAUUCCAAGACUCGUCUCUCCCGUACCAGCACCAGCACCAGCAGCACCACCCCUCUCUCUUCCCUCCAGAGGACGCAGCAGUCCUAGAGGCCUACAUCCGCUGCCUGCACGCGGUGCUACAGAGUGCCCCCCCUGCGCACCGCACGCGGCUCUUCUCCGACGCCUUCUUCGACGCACUCUUCCGCCUGCUGCCGCACGCCGCGGUGCCACCCGCCCUCAAGGCCGCCCUGCGCUCCGCCAUCGCCGCCUUCCUCGGCGGCCCCGCCACCGCCUCCGCGGUUACCACCACCACCGCUGCUGUUCCUGCUCCCGCCACAGCUGCUUCUGGUGGUGGUGGUGGUGGAGGUGCCUGGGAGCCCAUGGCAGUGGCGGCAGCGGCGGCAGGGCUGACCCCAGCAGCGGCAGCAGCGCUGGCGGCGAGGACAUGGGCUCUGGAGGAGUUCUACGACCUGCCGCCCUCCACCAAGGCUGCUGCUGCUGACAACCAGCCCUGGGGGGCAGAGCAGGCCACCCCCUCGGCGCCGUACGACAUGGGCAUGGAGCUGAACGAGGUGGAGGCGCGGGUGGAGGAGUACCCCUCCACGCUCUCCUACCUGCGCCUGCACAACACGCUGCUCGCACUCGACCCCCUCUCCCGCCCCGCCAGGUUUCUGGAGUAUUUUCAGUUCGUGAAGGACAGUGUGUUUGUGCCGUACACCCGCCGCGUGUACGCCCGGGCCGAUGAGAUGUGGCACCUGCUGCUCUCCUCGCUCUCCCUCUUCCAGCUCGCCCUGCUCCUCCUGCAACGAGCCCCUCUCCAAUCCCCUCCUCCUCUUGCCGCUCUCUCUGCCUCCUCGGCCAAUGGGACGCUGCCAGCUGGCGCCACACCAGGGCUGCUGCUGAUGAAGGACUUCCUAUCAGCAGGGCCAGCCCUGCGCAACAUCCUCGCCAUCAUCUCAGCCGGCCCCGACUCCCUCCUGGAGGAGCGAGCCAUGCGCCCCCAGGCGCUCUCCUUUGCCCUUGAGGACACCGUAGCUGCCAGCCUGCGCCUGCUGCUGCUCGCACUCUCCCUCGACCAAUCGCUGGCCGACACCUGGCAGCCGGCCGUGCGCCCGCUGCACCUCGUGCUCGGGGAGGACGUGGGCCUCGUGACAGCUGUCAUGUCCUUCGUGCGCUACCAGCCGUCGGAUGUGAUCCAACAGUCGGCGAUCGAGCUCACAAGCGUCUUCAGUGCCCGCGGCGUGCCACUUGUUGCGAUGGCAUUGGAGGCGGGUGCGGUGCAGCGCCUGGUGGAGGACUUUGCAGAGUGCCUGGACGUCAGCGCCAGCAGCAUGACUGUAGAAGGCGCUGGCAGUGUGACUGUGGAUGGUGGAGAGAAUGGGGAGCAGGAGGAAGGGGGGGAUGGGGGCGAGCAGGCAGACUGUGCCACGCUCAUUCUUCAGCUGCUGCUGACGUCUCUGCGCCGCCAGCCCCCCUCCCUGGCGCACAUGCUGCUCGGGUUCGACGUGGAGCGGCCACUUGCGGCAUCUGUGCUGCAGCCCAACCGCCGGUUCAGCGCCCUCCGCAUUCUGCUCGACCUCGUUCUCUCAGCGGGAGCAGAGGACAAACCCGAAUCUGAAUCCGACCAGCCAGACGCCCCCUCCCCGCCACGUGUCAGCCUGCGGUUGGCUCGCCUGCGGGAGAUGAGCGCCCGGGUGCUGUACCUGUUGGCAGCAGACCCGGCCACAGCGGGCCCCACAGCAGUGCUGCUGCAGGCGAAGCCGUUUGACUUCUUCGCUCCAAUGCUCUCCUCCGCCCUCCUGGCGCCUCUUCCUCGCCGCAGCAGCAGCCCGAUUCACAGGGUGGCGUGCCUGCAUGAGCAUGCGUGGCUGCUGAAGCUCCUCGCGCUGGCCCUCCACACCACUCCUCCAGCCUCACACCCCCACAAGCACCAUACUCGCCACGCCGCCCCUUCUGCCAUCACCGGACGGCAACUGGAGAUUUGGCGGCAGAUUCUGUCGGCACUGUUCAUGGCAGAUGGGGGGGUGGGAGGAGCGACUGAAGUGGGGGAGGGGGGAAGUGGGGCGCUGGUGGUGUGGGGGGGAGGGGAGCAGCAGGCAGAGGGUGCAAGGGGGGAUGUGCUCGGGGCCAUUCAGCUGUUGGACUCGUUCCUCUUCUCUCUCCCAGACGUUGCUCCCAAGUUCCCCCCGCACAUUGCUGCCGUGCACCAGCAACUGCAGCUAGAGGAACUGCUAGGAACGGCGGCAUCAGUGGCGGACGGGGGCGUGUUUGAAGUGAAUGAGAGGGGCGACAGACUCGUGGACCUCGCUGCCCUCUCGCACAUCCUCUCAGAGGUUCUCUCACACAUCCUCUCUCAGAGGUUCUCCAUACUUGAGGCACAGAGAGGCCCGGGAGCACCAUUCCUUCCAGGCCCAAACCUCGGGGUGGCAGGCGCAGCAGCAGGCUCGGCAGAGAUUCGGCAGGAGGCAGUAAGGGAAGCCCUGAGGUUCGUGUGGCGGCGCAACCGGGUGGAGGAGGAGGCAGCGGCGCAGCAGCACGUGGCUCUGGCGUGGGCGCAGCUGCUGCAGAUGGCGCUGUCGAGAAGAUUUGAUCUGCUGCCGCCGCAUGCCAGGCUGGAAGCCUUGCUGCAGCUGCUCUCCUCGUGUCUGAGGGCCAUAGCAGCGCCCCACGUCUCCUUGACCCUCGCCAAGCCCAUCUCCCAGGUCGUCCUCGUGGCAUUCCUCCAGCUCCAACACCUCUCCUCCUCCUCCCCCUCCUCCACCUCAUCCUCCGAAGCACCAUCGUCUGACGACGCAGGCGAGGUGACUUGGAGCGAUGUGAUUGGCCAAUCUUCCCUCUCAGACGCGAGCAGCAGGGAAGGACUAGGAGGCGGGGGAGGCAGAGCGAACGUGGGAGGGAGUGGUGGGGGAAGGAGGCAGGUAUCAUUGUCGGAGUGCACGGGACUGCUGAGAGACCUGCUGGGCGCGCUGAUGAGGAAAGACUCUUCAGAUAGCCUCAGGAGGAGGCUCUACACGUCUCUCCUCGCCUUCCUCACCAUCUGCUCGCGCCGCUUCCGCAAUGCUGACGUGGACAUCUCGCCAGCUGUCAUGGGCGUCAUCCUCAAGGAGCUACCCGGUGAAGAAGCUUCCUCCGACCGCUCGCUGGACAUGUUGGAGCGGCAGCGCAGGGAGGUGCAGCGAGCCACGCACGCCCUCCUCACGCCGCACCUGCCUGCCCUCAUCCGCACUCUCUCGCACGACGCCUCCUCCUCCCCCUCCCCCCUCACUCGCUCCCUCGCACUCGCCGCACUCUCCUCCCUCCUCUCCCAUUCCUCCGAUCCAAUCGCUGCCUCUGCCAGCCUGGCGCCGACCAAUGGCAUCGCGACAGCUGGACGGGACAACCGGAGCAUCUUUGCGCAAUCCGUGGGGGGUCAGAGUCAAAAUCUGCCGAUUGGGUUUGGCCGGCUGCCGGAUUUGGCGCCCGGGAUGACAUCAUCACUGGCUGUGGCGUCCACGUCAGCAGCAGCUGUGCUGACUCAGAUGCAGGCACAUGGAAUGGUGCAGGCAUGCAUUGCUGACGUCAGCAAAGGGAUCACAGAGGUGCUCCUGCUCCCCUCUGCUGACUCCCAGCGUCAGGCCUUUGUGACCGAGGCUCACCUCUCCCUGCUGCUCUCCAUCGCCUCUUCCACGGGCCGCCAGGGGCUGCUGCUGCUGCUCAACGCAGGGUUCCUCAGAGCCAUGGCGGCCUGCCCAUCGCUUGAUGCGCCCAUUUCUGAGUCGUCCUACCUCGCGCCCACCCCGGUGGGCCUCUCACCGUUGGAUGCCCCCUCGGAGUCGCUGCGCUUUGCUCACCUCGUGUCCCCCGUGCUGCGCCUGCUGCUCGCCCUCUCUGCUCUCGCCCCACCUGAUGCCUCACUCUCGCCUCAUGCUGCACCUUCAGAUGCCACUUCCAAGGCAGACGUAGCAUCCCAGCUGGUGGACUUCGCCGCCCACCACGAGGCCAUGCUCUCCCGCCUGCUGGAGGACCGCUCGCCCUCCUGCAAUGCCACCGACCUGCUGCUGCUCUCGCUCUGCACUGCGCUCCUUUCUCGGGCUCUGCUAUGGGCCAGCGCAUCGCAGCUGGUGGGCGUGAGGGGCCUCAUGAUGCGCGUGGCGGCGGCGUACAGCGUGGGCGAUGGGGAGAGCCGGGUGAAGUACAUUCGACAGCGCGUGGGGAGGGAGGAGGACGACAGGGUGGGGGAGAUCGGAGGGAUCUCGCUCUCCCUGCUCGUGCCAGAGGAGGAGCAUGCGAUGGUGGAGGGUGUGUUGAGAGUGCGGGCGAACUUGAUGUCCCACCUUCGCUCCCUCGUGGCCUUCAAAGGCCUCCUGCUGCCUGCGACUUCCAAGCACCAGCAUCAGGGCCCCACAUUGAGCCUUUUAUCCGACCUGCUCCGUCAGAUGGUGAUCGACCUGCAGGCAGCUGUGGAGGCCCGUGGCACUGCCCUCACUAAGCUGAUGGAUGUGAACGACAUGUCACGGCACGAGGCAGAGGAGCUCAUCAAGGCCACGGCCUUCCACGCGCACCACAGCCACGCGCACCUCUCCCUCAGACAAGCGCGCCGUCAAGCCCUCUUGAUUCUUGCCAGCCUGGCAUCCACCAAGGAGCGCGCGCUCACAUGGAUCCUCUUCAUCUCAGAGCACCUGCUGCACAUCCUGCUCGCCCACUUCUCCCUCCACCACACCCUUCUCAACCGCUCCUCGCCCCUCCCCUCCUCCCUCUCGCCCUCCCCCACCACCUUCUCCUCCCGCCCUCGCUCCCUGCGAGUCCAAGGGCCGCGCCUUUCCCCGUCCCCUGCGGGGGUUGAUGGGGCGGGCUUCGGGGCAAUGGCAGGGGGAGAGGAGGGUGAGGCAGCAGCAGCAGGGCCGGGAGGGGUGGCAGGGGCGGUUCAGAGCAGGGAGGAGUUUGAGUCUGUGGUUGGGACCUCUGCUGACCUGGAGGCUGUGGCGAGAGAGGUGCUGCCAAGUGUCAACAGACUAGUGGAGGUGAACGAGGAUCGAGUUGGGUGCAGCACAGACUACAUGAAGCGCCUUGCUCUCUCCCUCCGCUCUUCGCUCUUGCUGCAGUUCCAUCUCUAGACUAAGCUGGUUCAGAGACCUUGCCACACAACACUGCUGUGCUGUCAUGGUAGCCUAUCUUAUGGACUUGCUGAGUUGGACAUUAAACAAGGCCGCUAUUUCCCAGCUCCUCCCCCGCAGGGACAUGCCGUCAUCUACGUUCACAUAAGGUUCUCCGUGCAUGUACUGGAGAACCAAGUAGUUCUCCUUCCCAUCGAGUGAGCUAGAUAUCAAACAGUGAAAUUGAUAAAUAGAGAGAGAGAGUACACAAACAUAUACCUAACUUUUGUACUCUCUAGAAGAUGACCCUAUA